UGGCGUGAACACUUCCUCAAAUUGUGGGACGCGCUUUGGCUGUUCCCGCGAGGCGCCUCACACCACCAACGCUGCUCUCUUCACGGAAUUACUCGCCCGAAAGCCCUUUUGUGGAGAGAAGAAACCGUAAAAGUGACACUAACUAAGUAACAGCAGCUACAGAGGCAGCAGCUAAUCCGGUAUAUAAGAGAGAGCCACCUGUGGGGCAGAAAUAAGGCAAAAGCCCUCGCCUCACCGUCCUCUGUAACAGCCUCAACCCCACCCCAUUGGGCUUACUAGAUUUGACCUGUGUGGAGGAAAUAACCAAAAAUUGAGAAAAUUCCCCGAUUACGCGCCGCUUCCCCUUGGUGGAGAAAGGCGGGGAAAGAGAAGAGGAAGAAGAAUAGUUUAGUAAAGAGACUGUGGUGAAAAACGUCAAAAUUAGCGCGAUAAUAUUAGUUGAUCAGCAAACAUGGCGUGUUGCCUAAGCGAGGAAGCCAAGGAACAGAAGAGGAUAAACCAAGAGAUAGAACGACAAUUACGAAAGGAUAAGAGAGAUGCUAGAAAAGAACUCAAACUACUGUUAUUGGGGACUGGAGAGUCAGGCAAAUCAACAUUUAUCAAACAGAUGCGUAUUAUCCAUGGUGCUGGUUACAGCGAUGAAGACAAGCGAGGGUUUAUUAAGCUGGUCUUCCAGAAUAUCUUCAUGGCCAUGCAGUCUAUGAUCAGAGCCAUGGAUCUUCUUCAAAUAUCUUAUGGAGAUUCAGCAAAUAUUGAACAUGCAGACUUGGUACGGUCAGUGGAGUAUGAGUCUGUAACUACAUUUGAAGAGCCAUAUGUGACAGCCAUGAAGUCCCUGUGGCAAGACACGGGGAUCCAGCACUGCUACGAUCGGCGCAGAGAAUACCAGCUCACAGACUCUGCAAAAUACUAUUUAUCAUCUUUAGACCGCAUAGCUGCCACGGACUAUGUUUGCACACUACAAGACAUUCUAAGAGUGAGAGCACCCACAACAGGCAUUAUAGAGUAUCCCUUUGACCUAGAAGAAAUCAGAUUUAGUUAUCUUGAUGAUUUGGAGCGUAUCAUAUCAUCGGACUUCUUACCGACCGAGCAGGAUAUUCUUAGGGCUCGAGUACCAACCACUGGGAUCAUUGAGUACCCCUUUGAUCUGGACUCAAUCAUCUUUAGGAUGGUAGAUGUGGGUGGUCAGCGAUCUGAGCGACGGAAGUGGAUCCAUUGUUUCGAGAAUGUCACUUCAAUCAUCUUUCUGGUUGCCCUCUCAGAGUAUGAUCAGAUUCUCUUCGAAUCUGAUAAUGAGAAUCGUAUGGAGGAAUCAAAGGCCCUCUUCAAGACUAUCAUUACCUACCCAUGGUUCCAACAUUCUUCUGUCAUUCUUUUCCUAAACAAGAAGGAUCUGUUAGAAGAAAAGAUCAUGUACUCACAUCUUGUGGACUAUUUCCCAGAAUUUGAUGGCACACGGAGGGAUGCCAUUGCAGCCCGAGAGUUCAUCCUACGGAUGUUUGUAGAGUUAAACCCUGACCCAGAGAAGAUAAUCUAUUCCCAUUUCACUUGUGCGACAGAUACCGAGAACAUACGGUUUGUCUUCGCUGCUGUCAAAGAUACGAUCUUACAGCUAAAUCUAAAGGAAUACAACUUGGUGUAACAUAGAGCUAUGUCCAACUGACUGAGAGUGUACACAAGGUGAAGUGACAGUAUCUUCCCUUCUCUUGAAAGGGGCCGUUGGCCAAGGUCAUCACUUCAUUGCCCUUACAUGGACACAUUAACAUUGUUUGAAACAAGACAUUUAGUACAUUGAAUAUAUUAAGUCAUAUUCAGUGUCCCAAAGUAAAAGGCUCAUUUUAUACUUUUUUGUUAUUUAUAUAUUUUUAAUAUUUCCAAAGAUUUGUAUGGGCCUCAUCUUCCCUGUUUGCUGAGCUAUGCUUAGCAGGGAUGGCUACUUGCAAACAACCUGACCAAGGGAUGUUUUGAUGCUAUUAAGCCUUCAUACUUUAUUAUACAGUUCCAUUUUGUGUAAUGUACGCCAUUUCCAGGUCCCCAGUUGCGUACACCAUCUGUUAUCCCAGUCUCAUACCCAGGAGGGGCGAAUGAACUGGUCUAAAAAACAAUUUAUCUCUCAUUUGCCAUGCUGCCAGACUGGUCGUCCCCUCCCCCCCUACCCAUGUCCCGUGCUCACUACCAAUGCUGCCAAUGAGUCCUGGGCUCCCUGGUGGUAAAGGUGCUCCCUAAGCCCCGAUUCAUGCGUGUGGAUAUGUGUGUGUCGCUUAAGCCACACUAAGCUGCUGCUACAUGUGCAUAACUUGGAGCUGAUGUUAGUGUGUGCAUUGAUAUACAUCUUGGGCUGACACACUCCAUACUUAACGAAAUAAUGCUCCAGCCUCUUUUUCUUGCCUUUGCGGGAAAGUUUGCUUGCCUUGCAGGUGAUUGUUAGGAUGUUUUGUGUUGGUGGCUUUUAUAUACUUCACAUAUAUAAACAUUAUGUGGUCUAACGUUCAUCUUAGUGUGUGAUAUUUUGUAGUUGAUUAUGAGAGGAGAUACCCAUCAUGUAUAGGCCUGCAAAGUUUCCUGGAGGUUAAGGAAGGAACUGUUAACUACCAAGACAUUAUGCACCUCCAGUGUUGAUUAAUACACCUGGACCUCAAGAAUGUAGACCACUGAAAACCAGCCAAAUGAUGCAGCAGCUUAAAACAGUGAGUCAUAUAGCGUCCAAAGUGUGAAAACGAUGUAAGCAAGAGUCAACUGAUCAACACGAUAAAUAUGAAGCUACACAACAAGAGUGAUGAAGGAAAACGAAGUACUGCAGUGCUUAGCAACUAAUGACUAACACUCAGUUAGUAACAAUCUGAAUUAUUCAGGUUUUUGAGUUUGAAAUGCUGCUGUCAAUUGGAACUGUGUCUAUCCCUGUAUGGGCACAAGUGCUUGUGAUAUGUUGGUGGUAGCAAAUCUGGCAUUUACAUGUGUCUCUAGGUAGUCUGUUCUAUCCUACCUGGUGACAAAACCAGCCAGACACUGACAUUAACCACCAAGUGACACAAGGCCAAUAGGUGAGGUGCUACAGACUAUAGGCUCUGAAGUAUGUACUCUUGCCUCGAAAAGUGCAAUUCAAAGUUAGCUGACUCGGAGCUGAGACUUAAGACACUUGUGGCUUAUGCGAAAGUGAGCCUAGACUGGUAUUUUUGAGUAUCACUAGCCAUUUACUGAUAAUCAUGCUUGUAUGUGACGUGUGUUCAAUGCAACCUGCGCACGAGGGUGUGCCUACAAAUGUGUCCAACACUGUCUCAGAUGAUAGUGUGCUGAUUAAAGAUAAUGCGUGAUGGUGGUGAUUGUUGAAUGCUGUUGAUGGUGACUGUAGACGGAAGUACUAGUCAGUAUGGGCGUGGGUGAAGACAAUUGCCCGCUGCUCAUGUUACUUGUAUAUAUGUGUCUGUAAUAAUAACUAUUAGGUGUAUGGGUGUGGAGAAGCCUGGCAAACCUGUAUGGGAUUGCUCCUGAUGAAGGCAGUGAAUGUGCAGAUGGAGAGAAAGUGAAAACAGACCAUGGACAAAGACGUUCCAAAAGCUUGGCGCACCCUAGCAAAAGGGCUGUGUGCUAAUUCUAGUCUCUGGUGCCAUUGGGUGUUUCAUACAAGGCAAGCCCAUCUUACUGUGGGCUGGUCUGAACCUGGCUAUUAUGGCAGACAAACAUGGAUCAGCUGGUGAGGGCAGAAGACCCACAGAUAACAGCUGAGAAGAGCAGGCAAAGUGGCUCACAUUGAAGCUUUGCCUGCAGCGUAGACUUAGCUCAACCCCAGCCAUGUGAAGUACGCACGAGACGUACAUGUGGCACGUGUGCUUCUGCUUGCAGGUUCUGCCAUGUUUGUUGGGCAGCUUGUAUAAUUAGUAGAGACUAGGGUAAUUACACACAGCCCUUGAAAAGAGCCUUUACCUUCCAAUCGUUUGUACACUUGUUGUUAUAUUCUAUUAACUUCAGGUUGCAUUUUGUCUAUUGUUUGUAGUAUGUACAGAACCAGUAAGGUAUUAUUUUUAUUCAUUAUCAUUACUUUUAUGAACUUGAAAGAAUGUGUUGACAGUAAUUAUCAAUCAUGUGUAUUAAAAGACUUGUUCUAAGGUUAAAAAAAAAUUGAAAACCCCAUAUGUACCAAAGUAUAACUUGACUUUAUUUUUAAAGUGGCCGACCUGUAGCAAGCGGCAGCAACGAGUGGAGGAGGCAUCAAGAAGGCCGCCUGCCACCCUGCCCUGGUUCAUAGCUUUCAGUCUUGCCUCCCGCCCUGCCCUCCCUGGGUCCUCCCCCGGCCCUGGGGGGCAUGGCGGUUUAGGCCCCCGGGCAGUUGUGGUGUGGUGGGGCCAGGGACCCAGUCUCCCCCCUGAAGGACCCCGGCCUCUCCCUGGCCUAUUGAAGGCAGGAUGUAGCCAGUACAAGCUAAGAGAUGCUUCUAAAGGUUACACCUUGCCUGGCUUCCUAUCAGUGCCCAACCGCCACACAGCGAUGGCUGGUUGGGCACAGGUGUGUGGGCAGCAGGAGGAAUAACCAUAAGGUCAACAAAACCCCUGCUGCCUACACUUCACCACCCGUCUUCCGCAUUGCUUCACCCACACCAACUCGGCUCACUCCACUACCCAUUAAGCUUCAAACCGGAAGAAUAAGGAGGGAUUUGUGUUUUAAGAAUAAAUAUUUAUUGAAACAUAAAA